CAGGCGCCGCCAACUCUCGCACACUCACCGCGCGCGCGCCACCCUGACGCGGCAGCCCGCCGCCCUCGGCGCGACCUCCGCCCCGCCCCGCGCGCCGCGGCGCCUGGGCUACGUCACGGGCGCGUGCGCUCUCCGCUCGCCGUCAGCGGCGCGGGCGGGGCAUUGCCAGCUCGGCGUCCCGGUUCCCUUGGAGACAGAGCCGGCCAGGGCGGCCGCGGCUGGGUAACGACGACAGCGGAGGCCCUGGGGAAGCCAAGAUGCCGUCGAAGGGAAAGGACAAAAAGAAAGGCAAGAGCAAAGGCAAAGACACGAAGAAGUUAAUAAAAACAGAUGAAUCUGUGGUGGACAGAGCCAAGGCCAAUGCCUCCCUUUGGGAGGCCAGGUUGGAAGUCACAGAACUCUCUAGGAUUAAGUAUCGUGAUACUUCACGGAUACUGGCAAAAAGUAAUGAGGACUUAAAGAAAAAGCAAUGUAAAAUGGAGAAAGACAUAAUGUCAGUAUUAAGUUACCUGAAGAAGCAGGAUCAGGAGAAAGAUAAUAUGAUUGAAAAACUGAAAGAGCAAUUAAAUGAAACAAAGGAAAAAGCCCAGGAGGAGAAGGAAAAAUUGGAACAAAAGUAUACCAAGCAAAUUAAUGAACUAGAGGGACAGUUCCAUCAAAAAGCCAAAGAAAUUGGCAUGAUUCACACAGAGCUGAAAGCAGUAAGACAAUUCCAGAAGAGAAAAAUCCAAGUGGAGAGAGAGUUAGAUGAUCUGAAAGAGAAUUUAAGAAACACAGAGCGGAUACAUCAGGAGACUCUUAGAAGACUGGAAAGCAGAUUUUUUGAAGAAAAGCACCGACUAGAACAAGAGGCUGAAAAGAAGAUAAUAAUGCUGGCAGAGAGAGCCCACCAUGAGGCUAUUGUAGACUGGGUUUUGCCCGGGCUGGUCUCGAACUUCUGGGCUCAAGCAAUCCACCUGCCUCGGCCUUCCCAAGUGUUGGGAUUACAGAUGCAAUUGAAUGAUGCUGGAAGAAAUGUUUUUAAAGAGAAUGUUUAUCUCCAGAAAGCUCUGGCAUAUCACCUGAAGGAAACUGACGCUCUACAAAAAAACUCCCAGAAGUUGCAAGAGAGUCAUACUUUACUUUUACAUCAAAAGGAGAUAAAUGAUCUGUUGGUUAAGGAAAAGAUUAUGCAACUUGUCCAGCAGAGAUCACAAAUCCAAACCCUUCAGAAGAAGGUAGUAAACUUGGAGACUGCUCUGAGUUACAUGACCAAAGAGUUUGAGAGUGAAGUUUUAAAACUGCAGCAACACGCAAUGAUAGAGAACCAAGCGGGUCAGGUAGAAAUUGACAAGCUGCAGCAUCUUCUUCAGAUGAAGGACAGGGAAAUGAAUCGUGUGAAGAAGCUUGCCAAGAACAUACUGGAUGAGAGGACAGAAGUGGAAAGAUUCUUUUUAGAUGCUCUACACCAAGUGAAGCAACAGAUCCUAAUUAGCAGGAAGCAAUAUAAGCAAAUAGCACAAGCUGCUUUCAAUUUAAAAAUGAGGGCAGCAUGUGCAGGAAGAACAGAAUAUCCCAAAAUCAGAACAUUUGAUGGCAGAGAGCAUAGCACCAAUAGUGUGAAUCAGGAUCUUCUGGAGGCCGAAAAAUGGACACAUAUUGAAGGAAAUGUGGAUAUUGGAGAUUUGACCUGGGAGCAGAAGGAAAAAGUAUUGCGAUUGCUCUUUGCAAAAAUGAAUGGCUGUCCUUCUAGGAAAUACAACCAGAGUUCUAGGCCUCCAGUUCCAGACUAUGUUGUUUCUGACAGUGGGGAAACAAAGGAAUUUGGGGAUGAAAGUAAGCUUCAAGAUAAAAUCUUCAUCACCCAGCAAAUUCCAAUAUCAGACUCUUCUGGUAAAGUGGUGCUACCCACUAUUCCAAAAGGACCUCAAGAGCCUGACACAGGAACCUUCUGAGAAGCACUGAUUAUGACCUCACAGAUGCUGCUGGCAGGCCCUUCCUUGCAGAAUCCUUGCUCCUGAAUAUCUUUAAGAAAAUUUCUUAAAGGAAAAGACAAAAAUUUUAACUCAAAAGUUACCUGUUUGCCAUAGAAAUUGGUGUCUCCCCUGAAGGAGGAUCGAGAACCGGUGAAUGAGAACAUUGGCAAAGGCACUGGAAUGGGGACAUUCACUCCCACCUAAAACAGAAGAAAUCCGUGUCAUAUCCUAAGGACAAAGGAACUCUCCAUUUAGAAGCACAAAGGCAUCAGAGACCAGUUUUAAAUACCCACCUUCCACCCUAUCCUCUACCCCAUGAACUUUCAUUCGUGAGGAAGAAAUGGGGCAAUGUGGGAGGUCAUGGGGCAAUCUUAAACCAAUGACUCACCAUUAUUUACUGUUUCCUCUUAGGAAAUAGUAAAUGGAUAUAAGAAUCUCUUAAAAAUUCUGUUCACAAACCUGUCCGACAUCCACCAAGUGGGCAUAUUUCCGAGCAGUGGCUCCAUUGGUGGUGAAGAUGGCAGUUCCAUUUCCAUAUGGGUUGUUAUUUACAAUCUGGAUGGCUUCAUCCAAUGUUUCUGUCUCCAGAACCACAAGAACCGGACCAAAAAUCUCCUCUUUGUAACAGGUCAUAUUUGGCUGCCAGGAGUGAUGCAUCCAGAAAAGAAGUCAGCUUUUUGGAUUCUGAGUAUUUUAUGCUUAUUUGGUGCUUUCACUUACUACACAUCAUUUACAUGGACAACUUUCAUAUUACUAAUCUCUUUUCAUUUCAAAUCACCUAUUUUAAAAAAAGUCCUCUCUCAAGUGUAUUCCAUCUUCCAAGUUACCAAUCAUAUAAACAACUUGGAAUUCCUAUCAACAAUAACCACAUUUCUUUUAAGGGACUGUAUCUUCAGUUCAUGACCCAUCAUCAGCUGCCUUUUUAAUACCUGAACAACUUGUUUCAUCCAAUUGUUAUCAAAAAGUUACAUGAAAAUUUAUUUUUUAUAAAUCCAAUCUAUAGUAAAUAUACCAGGAUAAUUUUUCUCUUUACAGAAACCCCAUGCUGUUUUCUGUAACAUAAAUAAUCCAUUUUUAUUCACUCCUUUGCCUCCCAAAUAUGUCUGUAUGUUUAUAUUUUGAUAUCAGGUCGCAGACACUCAGAACAUCCUUCACCACGUAAUUAAUGUUUGUUGCUAAUAAACGGAUUUUUCUGUA